UUAGUGUACGCGACGGAUGUUUUGCAAAAACCACCUUAAUGAAUUUCCGACACAACUGGAGGUCCUCCCACCGCUAAUCGCGUUCAGUUGUCUUCCUCAUCCGUCUCUCAAGCUCCGGUGGCCGGCUCUCACGCCGUUCAGCCCCCGCCCCGCCCACCUCCGCCCGAAGCCGCCUUCUUGUUUACCUCUGUUGCGCUGCCGCCUCCUUUCUCCCCCGUUGCCUUGGUCCCCGCACUGUUGCCGCUUGUGAAGAUACAGCCGCCGGGAAAGGUUGGAUUUUCCCCGCCCAAGACAUCGUCGCCGCCAUGCUUUCCCACCCUCCGCUAGAUCUGCUAGAACGAGUUCAAAUCCGUGCUCUGCUUUUGACCCAGCAUGCCACCGCUCACCCCUCCUCUCCGAGCUGAUCCCAAAUCAAGGUCAUUCCGUCCGACCUCUACGGCACGGCCUGCCGCCACGCCACCGUCUGCAGCUCCUGCGGCAAGGCCAUGGCGCAUGCCAGAACGCCAUGCGCCGGUGGGUCGCUGGUUCAGGUGAACAAGUUCUGCUACAUGAAGAGUGGCAAGGAUGAUAGCAGCCAGGACCCCAUGACCCAACCUGCCAGCUCGCCCUUGAGAAGACAGAGCCUGUCCAUGCUCACAGGGUUUUUCCUGAAGAACCAGGAGUUCCACAAGAUGGCCAUGGCUGUCAAGAACCAGAGCCUUGUCUGGCACAUGGAGCUGAAAGAUCAAGUGGUACUGAAAGUCUGAGACAACAUGGGGUACGAUAGAUACAGCAAUUUCCUCCCAGGACAUGGUAAAAAGGUGGUGUCAUUUUUGCAGAGACAAGGUUCUCACCGGCAGGGCCCUCGUCCCCGGCGGGUUGGUUGCAGAAUGUAGCAGCAGCAGCACGAUCGACCGGCGGCAGCAGCCGUUGCGAGCUGCUCCUGCGCGUCCCCCGUCCCCGGCGGAGCAGGGCGACGUCCCGGACCACGACGCGAGGGGCACGGACGGGACGGCCGCGAGCGCGGACGAAGGCGGCGCAGCGGCGACGGAGUGGGUCUCGAGGAAGAGGAGGCCAAGCCUCGACGGCCGCCGGACGACCUCGACGGCACAGUUGGUGUCGAGGAAGAGGAGCUCGGUGAGGUCGCCCACGAGGCCUUCCUUCGCAGGGAAAGGAGAAGCGACCGGCCGGCGGGCCCUCCGCGGGAGCCUCCCGACACCGAGCGGAUCCGCCCCGAACUCCCUCUCGCCGGGGAGCUGCGGACGGCAGCGCCGCGCCGUCGGCCUCCUCCUUGAGGAAGACGACUCUAAAUUUGGACCUGAUUGAAAAUUAUUUUGAAUUCGCAAGGGGGUUAUUGUAAAAACAACUUAUAACACUCGCCCGAACAGUAAUUCGGGUCGGAGG